AUUUUGUUGAGAGGUGCCUCCUGUAGCCGGGGGCGGCUUGGGAGCGCUCAGCUCCGGUGGGGCCGUGGCGCCAGAGGCAGAAGAAGAGGAGGACGAGGACGAGGAGGAGGAAGAAGAGAAGGAGGGAAUCUCUCUCGGCCCUGGCUUCGGCAGCUGCUUUUCCCCUUCUGUAGCUGGGGAGCCUGGAGAAGAAAAGGGAGGGGAGGGCUCCGCCGGGCCCCUAGAAGACUGCGAUGGUUCCCCGCCGCCGCAGCUUCCCGACGCCCCUCCAUGGCGUCCGCGCCCCCGGUGCUUCUCCUGCCGCAGGCCGGGUUCCUAGCCCCCAGCGCCUAUCGGCCCCGGAGCAGCUGCCGCCCUUCCACCCCAGAGACUGAUGAAAACCGACCUCGGCGGACGAUGAGAGAGGAGAAAAGCUACUGCUGCCGCGGAGCCGCAGGCGACCAGGGCUCGUGCCCCGCGGCCCCUCCGGCCCUGUCCCCGACCACGACCGCGCUCUUUCUCCCGGCGGAGGACGCUGUCACCAGUGGCUGGUCCAGGGCCGGAGGGAGCCUGCCGGGAGGGGAGGAAGAGGAGACCCGGCUCCUGCAGCUCCUCCGCACGGCGCCGGAGCCGUCCGAGGCCUUCCAGGCUCUGCAGGCUGCCCUGCCCCGGCGGGGCGGGCGCCUCGGUUUCCCGAGACGGAAGGAAGCGCUCUAUCGGGCCCUUGGCCGGGUGCUGGUGGAGGGGGGCCUGGAGGAGAAGCGGCUUUGCUUGCAACUUCUCUCUGACGUGCUCCGGGGUCAGGGGGAGGCGGGCCAGCUGGAAGAGGCCUUCAGCCUGGCUCUUCUGCCGCAGCUCGUGGUGUCCCUGCGAGAGGAGAACCCGGCCUUGAGGAAGGAUGCGCUGCAGAUCCUGCACCAGUGUUUGAAGCGGAGCCCCACGCAGGUGCUGCAGGUGCUCAUUCAGCGAGGCUUGGAGAGCGCCGAUGCCCGGCUCCGGGCUUCCACUGCGCUCCUGCUCCCCAUUCUGCUCACUCCCCCGGAUCUGUUGUUCGGUCUGGAUCUCACCGAAAUCACGCUGUCCCUGGCCCGCAAACUUGGGGAACAGGAGGAAGAAGAAGAGGCUGAGAUAGCUUUUUCUGCGCUGCAACAAAUAGGGGAGCGCCUGGGCCAAGACCGGUUUCAGUCUUACAUCUCUCGCCUGCCCUCAGCCCUGAGGAGACACUACAAUCGUCGUAUAGAGUCCCAGUUUGGGGGUCAGGUUCCUCAUUAUUUGGAACUCGAAACCUCGGAGUUUCCUGAAGAUCCCCUCCCCUGCCCAGCAGCACCUUCCAGCAGCCACCUCAAGUUUGGUGUUAUUCCCCAGGAGUUGCAUACCAGGUUACUAGAUCAGGAGGACUAUAAGAGUCGGACUCAGGCAGUGGAGGAACUCAAGCAGGUGCUGGGAAAGUUUAGCCCUGUCUCCACUCCUCAUUCUAGUCUCAUAGGUUUCAUUAGCUUAUUGUAUAACUUGUUAGAUGAUUCUAACUUCAAAGUGGUUCACGGCACACUUCAGGUACUGCACCUGUUGGUGACCCGCCUUGGGGAACAGGUACAACAAUUCUUGGGACCAGUCAUUGCUGCCACGGUCAAAGUACUAGCAGACAACAAGUUGGUAAUCAAGCAAGAAUACAUGAAAAUUUUCCUUAAGCUGAUGAAGGAAGUAGGUCCUCAGCAGGUGCUGUGUUUAUUGCUGGAACAUCUCAAACAUAAGCAUUCCAGAGUGAGAGAAGAGGUGGUGAAUAUAAGUAUUUGCUCCUUGCUGACCUAUCCAAGUGAGGAUUUUGACUUGCCCAAACUGGCUUUUGGUCUUGCCCCAGCUCUAGUUGAUAGUAAGCGUAGGGUACGCCAAGCUGCUCUGGAGGCCUUUGCAGUAUUGGCAUCUUCAAUGGGCUCGGGUAAAACCAGUGUACUUUUCAGAGCUGUUGAUGCUGUUGAACUUCAAGACAAUGGAGAUGGAGUGAUGAAUGCUGUGCAAGCCAGGUUAGCUAGGAAAACUCUUCCAAGGCUAACAGAACAGGGAUUUGUGGAAUAUGCAAUACUCAUGCCAUCUUCUGCCCAGGGCAGAUCAACCCACUUGCCCCAUGGAGCAGAUACAGACUGGCUUCUGGCAGGUAACAGAACUCAAAGUGCACACUGUCAUUGUGGUGACCAUUCAAGGGAUAGUAUGCAAAUAUAUGGCUCUUAUAGUCCAUCUGCUGAUCAGACUAUCUGUACUCGAAGGGUGUUAAGUGCAGGAAAAGGAAAAAAUAAAUUACCAUGGGAAAAUGACCAACCUGGAGGCAUGGGAGAAAACCGGACAUCCCAUUCAAAGGAAAUAGAGGAGUUCUCUGCAUAUGAUUUCAUCCCAGCUCCAAAAUUAAGGCCCUCUCAAGGAAUGCCAGUCAGUGAUGAUUUAUGUUUUAGCAGAAAAAGAGUGUCAAGGAAUUUAUUUCAAAAUACCUUGGAUUUUAACCCAGAGCCACCUCACGUAUAUGCUGGUACCACUGGGUCUCAUCAAACAAACACUACAGGAAAAUGUGGACAACUAGGCUUUUCACAGAUGAGUGGGAAAAGUGGCAGUGUGGAUUCUGAUUUGCAGUUUUUAGGAGCAAAUAACAGUCGUCAAGAUAAAGUGUGUGCAAGCUUAAAUUUUGGCGGUAAAACUCAACAAACAUUUGGUAGUCCUGCAGAACAUACUUUAUCAUAUCCUAGUACCAAUACAAGCCAGGGAGCUCUCAUCCUUCCGUCCUAUCCACUCUCAUCACCUCGAACCAGUCCAAAACACACAUCCCCUCUUAAUGGAUCUCCAAAGAAGUCUCAGGAUAAUUCUGUUAACUUCUCAAAUUCCUGGCCUCUUAAGAGCUUUGAAGGGCUACCGAAGCCAAGUCCCCAGAAAAAGCUCUUCAGUCAAAAAUCAGUGGAUGCUUCAGGAGAAAAUUCACAAGAAAAACCUUCUCCUAUACAACUUAAACCUGCAUUGGUGAGAUCACCAUCUUCCCGGAGAGGCCUAAAUGGAACAAAACCAGUUCCACCAAUUCCACGGGGUAUAAGUCUAUUGCCUGACAAAGCAGAUUUUAUCACUGUGGAACUUGAAAAAAAAGAUCAUAUUUGGAGGAAUGAAAAAGACAAUCUUGCAAUUGAUCUUUCUGAAUUAAAUGUCAGAGAUAAGGAAUCAGAUCAGGAAGAGAUGCAGAGCUCCCUUAGAUCUCUUCGUAAUAGUGCAGCUAAGAAAAGGGCAAAGCUGAGUGGCAGUACUUCUGACCUUGAAAGCCCUGAUUCUGCAAUUAAACUGGACUUGAAUAUGGACUCCCCAUCCCGGUCAUCAUCUCCAAACAUCAGCUCAUACAGUGAAAGUGGAGUUUACAGCCAAGAGUCCUUGACUUCUUCUCUAUCAACAACUCCCCAGGGAAAGAGAAUAAUGGCAGACAUCUUUACUACGUUUGGAUCCAAACCUUAUUCAACAAGACUGUCUUCUGCAAAAAAUAAGAAUUCUCCUGUAGUGGAACAGAACUCCAAUUCAGGAAUCACAUCAAAUGUGAGCAUAAUUGGCCAGCGCAUGAACUAUGGAUAUGGUUGUGGUGAUUUUGAAGAUGACAAGUUGCAAGAUGUUUCACCUAGUGUUUUUAAAAUGCAAAAUAAAGAACACCUGAAGCAUUAUAAACAUACGAAAGGAUUUACAGGGUCAUCAAAUUUACAGCAAAUUUCAAAUUUUGACUUCACUUCAACAAAUACCUUAUCAGAAGACUCAGUAGUAGUUGUUGGAAAAGGUGUUUUUGGAAUCUCAAGUUCAGUUUCAGUUACAAGCAAUCAAUCAGUGAUACCCUCUGUGGAAAAUGGGGAUACAUUCUCUAUUAAACCAAGCAUUGAGCCACCAUCGGGGAUUUAUGGAAGAGCAGUCCAACAGAACAAUCUACCAUAUCUGGAUGUUGAGAAUGAGAAAGAUAUUAAAGCUUCUAUUUCAAAAUCUACUUAUGACAAGAUGAGACAGAAGAGAAAGGAAGAAAAAGAAAUAAGUCAUAAAGAACUUUUUGAAGUCAAAGAUCAUGAAAAAAAGGAACAUAAUCCCAGAGAACGAAUUAAGCAUACUGAAGCUGAGAGAAUGGCAACCGAAAACUUGAGUAUUUUUGGAGAUGAGGUGGUAAUAUCAGGUUUAUCUUUAGAAAGUGUUGCCUUCAGCCCUUCAUCAAAAGGAGUGUCCUAUUUAAAAAGAUCACCAUCUUUACUUUUUUCAGAGUCAGGUGAUGUGUCUCCUGGGGCCAGACCACAAUACAAAGAAAGAAUCCCAUCUGUCACACAUAGUCCAGAAAUAAUGGAUCCAUCUGAACUAAGGCCUUUUUCCAAACCAGAAGUAGCACUUACCGAAGCCCUAAGACUUUUAGCUGAUGAUGAUUGGGAAAAAAAAAUUGAAGGACUGAAUUUUAUACGAUGUUUAUCUGCUUUCCAUUCCGAUGUCUUGACUGUAAAGUUGCAUGAAACAAGUUUUGCUGUUGUUCAAGAGGUGAAGAAUUUACGCUCUGGAGUUUCUCGUGCUGCUGUGGUCUGUUUAGGUGAUCUCUUUACUCAUCUGAAAAAGAAUAUGGAUCAAGAAAUAGAUAACACAGUAAAAGUUCUGUUGCAUAAAGCUGGUGAAUCAAAUACAUUUAUAAGAGAAGAUGUAGACAAAGCAUUGAAGGCUAUGGUUAAUAAUGUAACUCCAGCACGUGCAGUUAGUUCUCUAAUAAAUGGAGGACAAAGCCAUCUACACAUUGCAGUAAGAAGAUGUACAGCCCAGCACUUGUCUGAUGUCGUGGAGCAAAUGGAACCAGAACGCAUUUUGUCAGGAACAAAGGACCUGGCUGACCGGAUAUUGCCUGCUGCUGCUAAGUUUGCACAGGACAGCUCACAAGAAACUAGGUAUUAUGGUCGAAAGAUGCUGUUCCUCAUGAUGUCUCAUCCUAAUUUUGACAAAAUGCUUGAAAAAUAUGUACCAUGUAAAGAUUUGCUUUAUAUUAAAGAAUCUGUUAAAAACUUGCGUCAAAAGGGAUUAGGAGAGAUACCUUUAGACACUCCAUCAGCCAAAGGAAGACGUUCUCAUGCUGGCAGUGUUGGAAGUACAAGGGAGAUUAUAGACGUACGAGAAAUACGAAAAACUGUUCCCCGAGGUUCUUUGGAAAGCGCUGAAUAUAUUAAGGUCAUAACAGGUUUAUUAAAUGCAAAAGACUUCCGAGAUCGAAUUAAUGGGAUCAAGCAACUUUUAUCAGACACUGAAAACAAUCAAGAACUUGUUGUUGGAAACAUUGUAAAGAUCUUUGAUGCUUUUAAAUCUCGGCUACAUGACUCAAAUAGUAAAGUAAAUCUAAUAGCUCUGGAAACAAUGCAUAAAAUGAUUCCUUUGCUCAGAGAUAACUUAUCACCUGUAAUCAACAUGCUCAUUCCAGCAAUAGUGGAUAAUAAUCUAAAUUCCAAGAAUCCAGGAAUUUAUGCUGCUGCCACAAAUGUUAUUCAUGCUCUGAGUCAGCAUAUUGACAAUUACCUACUUCUGCAGCCUUUCUGUACAAAAGCACAGUUUUUAAAUGGAAAAGCAAAACAGGAUAUGACUGAAAAGCUUGCUGAUCUUGUUAUGGAUCUCUAUCAAAGGAAACCUCAUGCUAUAGAACAGAAGGUGUUGGUUGUCCUCUGGCACCUAUUAGGCAAUAUGACAAAUAGUGGCUCACUACCUGGAGCUGGAGGGAAUAUCCGAACAGCCACAGCUAAAUUAUCAAAAGCACUUUUUGCACAAAUGGGUCAAAGUCUACUAAACCAGGCUGCAUCCCAGCCACCACAGAUUAAAAAGAGUCUAGAAGAAUUGCUUGAAAUGACAACUUAAAAUGAAUUAUGUAUAUUACUCUGUUAAUGUGUAAUACAGUAAGAUAGGCUAAAAAUACCUGUUUACAUGAAGACAGAUGGAGCCUUUUUAAAAGUUAAAUUGUCACAGUACCUACACUUUUCAUUUAGAAAUGAUCUAGAAUGGCAGCUUUUGACAAAGUGUAAAGCACACCUCCGUCUCAUACUAGCACCUCUAACAUACAUGAAACAAUCAGUAUAACACUCACAAAUUCUAUUUGAGAAUACAUGGAAUGAAUCCAUCUUUUAACAUUUAUAAGGAAACCCCUGCUCAUUUGCACUCCUCUGUAGAAACUGCAGUAUGUUGCCCUAUAUGUACAAUUAGAUUUGUAAUUAAAAAUAUACUUUUUAUUAUGUAAUCAUGUUCUGAUAUGUCUCAUUACUUAGCCUUAUUUUACAAAAGUGGAAAAGAAGUCAUUGAAAUAUAUGUACCACAAAGAGGUAUCUGUUUGCUACUUGUAAAAAACAUGUAUUUCUUAAAUCAGUCCACCAAUAUGAUUGUGCAGUAUUAGCUUGCUAUUGCUGAUAUGUUGAUGUAAUAUAUUUGCUUAACUAAUGGGCAUUAUCAUCUAUGUAACUGUAAGAUUUAAAUAACUUAAAAUAAAGCAUGAUGACAAAUUUUUAGGGAAA